AUGCAUCAGAAUCAGCAGCAGCGGCUUCAUCAUGCUCGCAUCAUUGCGAGCGUCGCUGCUACCGUCAUCUCCCUCGCCUGUGGCACAAAUUAUGUCUACUCGGCCUGGGCUCCCCAAUUCGCCGAGCGGUUGAAAUUAUCAUCCACGGAGAGCAACCUUAUCGGUCUUGCUGGUAACCUGGGCCAGUAUACUAUGGGAGUUCCAAUUGGAAUGUUCGUCGACCAGCGCGGCCCCAGACCUGCUGUUCUCGGUGGCGCUGUUCUCCUCGCUGUCGGUUACUUUCCUCUUCACCAGGCCUACGACAGCGCCUCUGGCUCUGUUCCUCUCCUGUGCCUGUUCUCGUACAUGUCAGGCCUGGGUGGUUGCAUGGCCUUUGCUGCUGCUGUCAAGACUUCUGCUCUCAACUGGCCCCAACAUCGAGGUACUGCCACGGCUUUCCCACUCGCUGCGUUUGGCCUGAGCGCCUUCUUCUUCUCUCUUCUCGGUUCCGUCUUCUUCCCUGGCGAUCCAAGUGCUUUUCUGGAACUUCUCGCUUGGGGAACAUGCGGCAUGACUCUUGGCGGCUUCUUCUUCCUUAAGGUCCAUCACCAGUCCAGCUAUGAGGCCGUACCCGACUCAGAAGACCACCACGGCCGACAAUCGACUUCUUCCCGCCACUCUCGCCAGGGCUCUUCGGAUGAGCCCAAGGUCUACCGCUCUUCUCGGGCGGUUGCUGAACCCGGUAUGUUCACUAAUCCUAGUAGUAGUAGUAGUAGUAGUAGCACUCGCACAAGCACAAGCUCCCCUGUGCCCGCCCUGGCAUCUUCAUCCGCCCCCGCCCCGGAUCUGACGGCCUCUCCUGGAAUUCCAUUCGAGCCUGAAAGUGGCCGUGUGGUCACUCACGAGAACCCCGAGGACCUCGAGGCCGGCGAGACGUCCCCCUUAACGUCUCGCCCCUCAUCACGAACCGGCGAAGCCCUUCUUGGAAACAAUCACAUUAAUAACGAUCGAUCUCACCGUGUAGACAUCCGAGGUCUCGCCCUCAUGCGCAGUCUCGGCUUCUGGCAGCUCUUUACCAUCAUGGGAAUACUAGCUGGCGUGGGUCUCAUGACCAUCAACAACAUUGGCAACGACGCCAAGGCUCUUUGGAAACACUUUGACAAGAAGGUUACCGACGAGUUCCUCAUCCACCGCCAGCAAAUGCAUGUGUCGACCCUUUCCAUCUGCAGCUUCCUUGGUAGACUACUCAGCGGUGUUGGCUCCGAUUUCUUGGUCAACCGACUUCACGCCAGCAGGCUCUGGUGUCUUGCCGUCGCUUGUGUCGUCUUCUUCCUCGCUCAAGUCUCUGCCUUGCUCAUCGUGAACCCCAACCUGCUCGGCCUAGUCUCGGGUUUGUCCGGUCUCGCCUAUGGCUUCCUGUUUGGCGUUUCCCCUUCGAUUGUGGCCGAAACCUUUGGCAUCCGCGGGCUGAGCCAGAAUUGGGGCUUCUUGACCAUGGCUCCGGUUAUCUCGUCCAACAUCUUCAACAUUUUCUAUGGUAAAGUCUACGAUUCACACAGCAUUGUUCAACCCAACGGCGAGAGGGUAUGCUUGGAAGGUCUCGACUGCUAUCGUUCGGCAUACUGGGUUACUCUGUUUGCUUGUAUUGCCGGAAGCGGCAUCACUCUUUGGGGCAUCCGCCAUCAGCAUGCCAAGCUCCUCAAGGAGCAUAACAAGGGCGAAGAGGAGGACUAG